AUGGCUGCACCUCCCAUCAGAGCUGGCAAGGAGGUGGCUGCCUGGACAGUCGGGGGCCAGCUUCGGUCCACCAGAGCCUUGUUGUAUGGAGCUCGCCGCCUUCAUGCAUUUGAGCCGGGCCCAGAGUUCCACACACACCUGGGGCCCUGCCCUCCGCCCCCCGGGGGGAGCUCGCGGGCCAGGCACAGGUUGGCCUCGGCCACGGCCACGGCCACGGCCACGGCAUACACUUGGCCUGACUACCGGCUGGGCGAGCCCUCUGUUAGGCUUUUGAAACAUCACGAGGUUAAGACCAAGGCCAUCCGCAAGGCCCCGGCUCAGACUCACAGGCCCUGUCCGCAGGGCAUCACACUCUCGGCCCACCUGCAGAGCCAGAGUCCGGUGUUUUCAAAGCACGGCUGGUUUGAGUCAAGCCCGCGGCGCCCAGGGGACCCUUGUUCUUCGGCCCACGGCCAUUCCGAAGGGGCCGCCGCUCGCUCAAGCGCGCCCCCCGCAGGCGCGCCCACCCCGUCGGCGUCGCAGCGCCGCAAGCGCACGUCGUUCAGCGCCGAGCAGCUGCAGCUGCUGGAGCUCGUCUUCCGCCGGACCAUGUACCCCGACAUCCACCUGCGCGAGCGCCUGGCCGCGCUCACCCUGCUCCCCGAGUCCAGGAUCCAGGUGUGGUUCCAAAACCGGCGGGCCAAGUCGAGGCGGCAGAGCGGGAAAGCCUUUCAGCCCUCGGCAAGGCCCGAGCUUUUCCUCCACCCCACCGUUCAGGGAACCGAAGCGAAAUGUUUGAAGCCCCAGCUGCCGCUUGAAGCCCACGUGAACUGCCUGCCCGAUCCCAACAGGGUUGGGGAGGGCAUCUCCCACCCAGGCUGCCAAGGUCAGCACUUCGAAACCUACUCUCCCCUCUCUGAAGACACUGGUUCCAAGCAGGACUCGUGGGAGGAACACAUCUUUUCUGCCUUUGGUCACUCCUGAGGAGUCUGGGCCAAGCCAGGAUCAGCCCCCAGGAGCCGGGACGGAAGGCGACGACGCACACAUCAGAAGGCUGGCCUUUCUGGCUGCGGGGUGAGGGACACACGCCUGCUAACCUCGGUGAGGGUUUCGCCGGCGGCUCUGAGCUGUGAAGCUCCCUCCCCUUCGCCUGUGAGCCUCCCCCACCCCCCGUUCUUCUUCCUCCGGGCCCUCCCCAGGAGUCCCGCAGUACUUGA